UCUUGCAGACUCGGCUCUAGAGAAACCAAGAUGGCGGCCAUGGUAGGUAGACUACAUCAAAUGGAGUAUUUACUCCAAGGCAGUGUGGCCAAGGAAAACGUGGAAACGUUACUUCACCGGCUUAGGGGACUCUGUGAUAACACUGCACACGACGCUACCAAGUUUGCUGAUCAUGAAAUGGUUUAUACUCUAAGAAACAGUACCAAUACUGUCACUUUCAGAGCAAGGCAUUCUUUAGCAGAUCCCUCGGCACCAUGGCAGCUACGGUACUUAGGCCAAGCAGAAAUGGGUGACAAAAGCCGUGCUACACUACUACGGAGUUGUGUUGAAGUCUCUACUAGUGAAAACUUGACAGCUUUUUUAGAAGAGCUUGGAUUUAGGUUUGAUUAUGAGGUUGUAUUGAAAGGAUUUGUAUUUUACAAGGGGCACAUGAGGAUCACUGUCAGCCAAGUGUUCAGAGUUCCAAAACUUGGGGAUACACGUAACCUAGAGCUCACCUCUCAGGUUUACCUUGUGGAAAUCAGCUUGACUACAGCUGUACAACAGGAUCCAGUUGCAGAUGAAGUAAAAGCAUUUGCAGAACAUUUAAAGCCGCUUGUUCACCUGGAGAAAGUCGACCAUAGAAAGCUCCAAUCGAUGUGAAUCAACAGAGCAUGAUAGUGCAGUAAAUGGUUAGACAAACCAGGGGCGAUGGCCUAAAUACAUCAAACGCAAUCAACCAAAAAAGUAGCAGCGAUUGUACGACAUCUCACUCCCGGUGCUCGUGUCCUCGUUUUUGCCUACACGGGGAGAGAGACUCUCAAGGAUAGACCUGUACACGGUGAACAACGGAAGUAAAACUGGAAAAAUGACGAUAGUUGAUACCAGCUGCGCUUGUCAACUUAUGAAGUGAUUAUGAAAUGGUAUAAUUAGCCACUAGUAACCAUUUUAUUAAUUGAUAUCAAGUGCUAUCAAUUCCUUAAAUUAGGAAAUGAUUACCAAUGUUAAUUAAGUAGAGACAACGCAGUGCCAGUGCUUUCAUGCUCGCGCAAAUAGUUGAUCAAGCACUCAUUAGGGGGAGGGGGGUAGGUUGACACAUUGUGCUCAAGCAGGUCGUGAUGGCGCGGUAAGAGCAAGAAGGAAUUCUUUCGAAACAUUUUGAGGAAAAAGUAACUUAGCAGGGGCGGAUCCAGGAUUUCAAAAUGGAUGGUGGAUAAUGGCCGGUUAGACGGCUUAUUACUGAUCAAGUGGUUCUUUGUAGGUCACUUUAUAGAUCAUACAAUACUUCAUGCUGAAUUGGAUGUGUCGCGUUUGCGAAGUCAAGCAGGUGAAGGAAAAUGGACAGUAUUUCGCGUCCCUCGGACAUUUUUUUUUCUAAAAGGGGGAGGGAUAUCCCCCAGUCCCCCCCCCCCCCUUGUAUCCGCCCCUGCUUACUUAUUGCCGAUUGCUUCGACAUUAAAAAUCCAAAUUGAGAUGUGAAACUAGCUGUUUUCUUUUCCGUUCGAAUCCACAUAGCUAAAAUCAUCUGCGCGCCAUCACGACGCGCACGCUUCGGUGCCACGCGUCAUGGGUGGGGUGUGACCCCCGCACCCAUCCCACCAGCAGUGUGCUCGGAUGCUGGCCAAGAAGAAAAAGGAAAUACCUACUUUUACCAAAAAUCGAGCUGCACGCAGUCUUCUAUUCUACUGGAUCCUUGCUAAAACUCAAAGAAUGAGUUAAUUGUUGCUUAUUCAAAAGUUCUUAACAACAGUGAAAAAAGGGGUGCCUGCCGAGAGCCAGUUGGUCGAUGGCACUUCAGUUCAUUACGUUGGCAAGAAGUUAUGGUUCAAUCAGCUAUCCGUCUUUUGUUUUCUAAAAAAAAAACGCUUUCCUUUAUCUAUCUCUACCAAGGAAAUUCGACUUUAUACGAAUGUGAAAGCGGCCUUUAAUUUUAGCAAAUCAUUGUAUAUAUUUUUCUUGACAUGCAAAGUACCAAAGUGUUGACCUAAAACAUUGAAUAUGGUACACUCUUUUUUUUUUAUAUAAGAACGUCUGCAUUUUAGAACACAUAAGACUAAAAAAAACAAUGUGUUGCUACUAUCCGAGCCUGGGCAUGUUCUGGGCUCCAGGCGACAUGGCGACCUGUGUUUUAGCCCCGCCGGCAUGCUUUUAGUAUGUUCUUAUAAUUUGGUGAAAUCUCAGCCUGGAUGCUCUUAUACAAGAGGUUCUUAUUAAAAAAAAAGUGGUAGUCAACCCUGCUUGACGAAGUCAUUUUCAGCAUAAAAGACUUGUUUCAGUUAGGCAAAGAUAGGGAGGCAGGAAGGCAUCAAUCUGAUCAAUCUGUACAUAAUUCUUGGAAUCGAAAAAAAAAAAUACAUAAAAAAUUAAAUUAUGCAA